AGAAAUACUAUAUAUUAAAAAUGUGAGGUUGUGCCCAAAGCUUCAAUGGCCAUUUAGGAAUUGGUUCGUGCCUUUAUGAUUCUUUCCCAACCUGAUGGUAACUGAGAAAAGGGCAUGCCCUGGGUGCUGGGGGUCCUUAAUAAUGGAUUUCUGAGAUACCACUUCUUGAAGCUAUCCUGGGUACUUUGUAGGCUGGUACCCAAGAUGGGAGCAGCUAAAUUUAUAACCCUCAGCAGCUUAUUUCGGUCCUGUGUAGUAGUUCCCCAUACCAGACAAUGAUGCACCCUGUCACGAUGCUCUCCAUGAUACAACUAGAAGAUUUUGAGUGUUUUGGUUGAUAUUCCAAAUCUCUUCAAACUCUCAAUGAAGUGUAGCCACUGUCUUGCCUUCUUUAUAACUGCAUCCAUAUGUUGGAACCAGGUUAGAUCUUCAGAGAUCUUGACACCCAGGAACUUGAAAUUUCUCACUCUCUCCACUUCUGAUCCCUCUAUGAGGAUUGGUACGUGUUCCUUCGUCUUACCCUUCCUGAAGUCCACAAUCAGUUCUUUCAUCUUACUAACAUUGAGUGCCAAGUUGGUGCUGUGGCACCAUUCCACUAGUUGACAUAUCUCACUCCUCAAUGCCCUUUCAUCACCACCUGAGAUUCUACCAACAAUGGUUGUAUCAUCAGCAAAUUUAUAGAUGGUAUUUGAGCUAUGUCUAGCCACACAGCCAUGGGUGUCGAGGGAGUAGAGCAGCGGGAUAAGCACACACCCCUGAGGUGCACAUUGAUUGUUUUUGAGCCUUAUGGCAUAGGGUAACCGGAGGUUGCAGACAUGUACACAGCCACCUCAGUUACCCAGACACCUCAGCGCUUCAAAUGCGCAGGCGUGAGGGUCGCAGAUCUUUCUCGAAAUCGCACAUGCGCUGAGUGAACAAGACCCUCAGGAGGACCGACAGCAGGUACGAACAGGGUUCCGGGCGGCGAUUUCGUUGGCAUCGGCGACUGAGGGGCGAUUUCUGUUAGAAUCAGCAGAAAGUUUGUGUAUGAGAACCUCAAACACAACACCACGUCUGUUUUGCUGUCUCUGUCCAGAUAUUUAAGGAGUGACCAGAUAUUUUCUUGGCAACACCAAGAUGAAGAUGUGUCUCAUCCCAGCUGGAAACAUACUUCGUUUGAAAUGAACUUUUCUGUUGUAACUCAGUGUAACCCACUGGAACAGGGGUGUUUCAGGAUUUAUUCACUGGAGAUCAAUUUUCAACUGCAUUGACACAUUGAUUAUGCAAGGGAUUCAAAACGCCUGACAGCUGACUUUCUGAAUUGCCAGAGAAUUGAUCGCAAUGAGAUAUCAUUCUCCUUCUCUCACUGUAUGAAGGGAUUUACUCACAGCUUACCUGCAGUCACAUCAGUGAGUUCACAGUGGGAAAAAUACCACUCACCUGCUCUGUGUGUGAGAGGGGAUCUACUCAGUCAUCCAGCCUGAAGAUACAUCAGCAAUUCACUCUGCAAUCGAUGCUAAAGAUAUAUCAGAAAAUUUACCAGUGAGAGAACGUUGACCUGCUCAGACCAUGGGAAGAGAUACAAUCACUCAUCCCAUCGUGGACACACCACUGAGUUCACCAGGGAGAGAGAUCGCUCAACUGUUCUGUGUGUGGAAAGAGCUUCACUCGAUCCUCUGAAUAGCUGACACACAAGUGAGUUCAUACUCAUUAGAAACUUUACUGCUGCUUUGAAUAUGGGAAAAAUUUCACUCAGUCAUCUCACCUAUUGACCCAGCUAUCAGUUCACACUGAGGAGAGGCCAUUCAACCUGCUCAGACUGUGGGGAUUCCUCAGUCAUUUCACCUGCUGGUACACCAGUGGGUUUAUAUGUGAGAGAGGCCGUUCCCCUUUUUUUGUGUGUGGAAAAGGAUUCACUUAGUCAUCUUUUCUACUGGCACACCAGUCAGUUCACACUGGGGAGAUGCCGUUGACCUGUUCAGACUGUGGGAAGGCAUUCACACACUCAUCUACGCUACAAAGACACCAGCGUGUUCACACUGGGGAGAAACCAUUUACCUGCUCUGAAUGUGGGAAGGGUUUCACUCAGUCAUCUACACUUGUGUCACAUUACCGAGUUCACACUGGGGAGAGGCCGUUCACCUGCUCUGAAUGUGGGAAAGGAUUCACUCAGUCAUGUCAACUGAAUGAACAUCGGCGAGUUCACACUGGAGAGAAACCGUUCAGCUGCAUGGACUGUGGGAAAGACUUUACACGGUCAUAUCACUUGAAAGUACAUCAGCGACUUCACACUGGGGAGAGACCAUUCACCUGCUCAGACUGUGGAAAGGGAUACACUCGGUCAUCUCACUUACUGAUACACCAGUUAGUUCACACUGGGGAGAGGCCAUUCACCUGCUCAGACUGUGAGAAGACAUUCACACACUUAUCCACGCUACAGAGACACCAGCGAGUUCACACUGGGGAGAAACCAUUCACCUGCUCAGACUGCGGGAAGAACUUCACUCAUUCAUCAAACCUGCAGAAACACCAGUUGGUUCACACAGAGGAGAAACCAUUCACCUGCUCAGACUGUGGGAAAGGAUUCACUCAGAAAUCCAACCUGCAGACACAUCAGCGAGUUCACACUGGGGAGAGGCCAUUCAUCUGCUCUGAAUGUGGAAAGGGAUUCACUCGGUCAUCUAACCUACUAGCACAUCAGUUAGUUCACACUGGGGAGAUGCCAUUCAUCUGCUCAGACUGUGGGAAGGCGUUCACACACUCAUCCACACUACAGAGACACCAGCGAGUUCACACUGGGGAGAAACCAUUCAUCUGCUCAGACUGUGGGAAGGGAUUCACGCAGUCAUAUCAACUGAAUGAACAUCAGCGAGUUCACACUGGGGAGAGGCCGUUCACCUGCUCAGACUGUGGGAAGGAAUUCAGUCGGUCAUCAGACCUGAAAGUACAUCAGCGAGUUCACACUGGGGAGAGGCCAUUCACCUGCUCAGACUGUGGGAAGGGAUACACUCGGUCAUCUCAACUGAAGGAACAUCAGCGAGUUCACACUGGGGAGAGGCCGUUCACCUGCUUAGACUGUGGAAAGGGAUUCACUCGGUCAUCUCACCUACUGAUACACCAGACAUUUCACACUGGGGAGAGGCCGUUCACCUGCUCAGACUGUGGGAAGGGAUUCACUCAGUCAUCUCAACUGAAGGAACAUCAGCGAGUUCACACUGGGGAGAAACCAUUCAACUGUUCAGACUGUGGGAGGGAAUUUGCACGGUCAUCUCAACUGAAGUUACAUCAGCGAAUUCACGCUGGGGAGAGGCCAUUCGCCUGCUCAGACUGUGGAAAGGGAUUCACUCAGUCAUCUCAACUGAAGGAGCAUCAGCGAGUUCACACUGGGGAGAGGCCGUUCACCUGCUCAGAUUGUGGGAAGGAAUUCACUCGGUCAUCAGACUUGAAAGUACAUCAGCGAAUUCACACUGGGGAGAGGCCAUUCACCUGCUCAGACUGUGGGAAGCGAUUCAUUCGGUCAUCUCAACUGAAGGAGCAUCAACGCGUUCACACUGGAGAGCGGCCAUUCACCUGCUCUGAAUGUCAGAAGGGAUUCACUCAGUCGUCCCACCUGCGGACACACCAGCAAAUUCACACUGGAGAGAAACCACUCACCUGUUCUGUGUGAGAUGGAAUUCACUCAGUUAUGCAUCCUAUAGACAUACCAAUCAGUUCACACUGGGGAGAGGCCAAUCACCUGCUCAGACUGUGGGAAGGGAUUCACUCAGUCAUCUCAUCUGAAGGAUCAUCAGCGAGUUCACAAUGGGGAGAGGCUGAUAAACUCCUCUGAUUGUAGGAAGGGAUUCACUCCAUUAGUCCACUUGAAGCCACACCAGCGAGUUUACACCUGGAUAGAUUCUGAACAUGGGAAAGAAUUCACUCAGUCGUCUACAAUUGUGGCAUAUUACUGAGUUCACACGGGGGAAAAUGUUUACAUAAGCUAUGUGCUGGAUAUUUAAUCAUCACAGUUGGUGACUCCAGAGGCAAGUUCAAAAGUGAUUUAUUAUUGACCUCUGCAAUUAUUGCUGCUGCUCAACAGGAUCAGGUUUAUUAUCACCGGCAUGUGUGGUGAAAUUUGUUAACUUAGCAGCUGUUCAAUGCAUACAUAAUAUAGAAGAAAAAGAAACAAAAAUAAAUCAAUUACAGUAUAUUUAUAUUGAGUAGAUUAAAAAUUACGCAAGAAGAGAAAUAAUAUAGAUUUAAAAAGUGAGUUAGUGUUCAUGGAUUCAAUGGCCAUUUAAGAAUCAGAUGGCAGAGGGGAAGAAGCUGUUCCUGAAUCGCUGAGUAUGUGCCUUCAGGCUUAUAUACCUCCUACGUAACGUUAACUGAGAAAAUGAUAUGUCUUGGGUGCUGGGGGUCUUAAUAAUGGACGCUGCCAUUCUGAGACAUUGCUCCUUAAAGAUGCCCUGGGCACUUCGUAGGCUAGUCGGAGCCGACUAAAUUUACGACCCUCUGCAGCUUCUUUCAGUCCUGUGCAUUAGCCUCCCCCUCAACCCCCACCCCCAUCUCCAUAUCAGACAGUGAUGCAGACUGUCAGAAUGCUCUCCACGAUACAUCUAUAGAAGUUUUUGAGUGUUUUUGUUGGCAUAGCAAAUCUCUUCAAACUCCUAAUGAAGUAUACCAGUGCUGCACCCUGGUCACCGGGCAGGAGAGUAGUUUCUUCUACUGAUGCUCACCUUUUAUGGGACUGGAGUUUAGUAUUCUGGAUCAGUGAGAAAUAAAUCGGUUCUAUUUUAAACUCUGUCUCAGGUACCCACUGAAUUUACAACACAUCCAGUACACAGUAAGGAGUCAACUCAGCCCAGCUGGUCCCUGUCAGUGUUCCUAUUCCACAACAGUCCUUUUAAAUCUAUUCCUGUGUUCACCUUUCGCUCUGCCUGUGGUGAUGGGUUGCAAACGGCCACCACUCUGGGUGAAGAGGUAUCCCCUUGAAUUUCCUGCAUGGCUUUCUGCAGACUGAAGAAGAUGAGCUGACUGCAGUUAUGUUUGACAUGAUUUUUGUCCCUCAAACAUCUCAGCUAAGGAAAAAUGACAUUGGAAGUUAACCUCCUUAUUCCCUGUUCAUGUCAAAGCUAUGGGUCAUUUUCACUGCUUCUGAAGGGUUGCAUGUCACAAGCUGGGUUGUUAAAAUACAUCACUGUCCUACAAAGUCUGAAAGCUGAAUGUGGACAGCAAGUUGGAUGUUCAAUGGAGCAGGUCAGAAACCAGAGAUGGUCAGCACAGGGCAGACGUUGGGACUCAGGGCAGUGGUAGGGGUAAGAGCACAAGGAGCAGGGAAACCGAUGGGGGGGGGGGUUGGCAACAAAUGACAAAUAGCAACAUUUGGCAAUUGAUUGACAGAAUAAAAAGGUUGAUUUAGUCUGUUGACAAUGAGUUUAUUACUUGUGGGCACUUGCUGAAUUCUUAUAAAAAUGUUGACAGUAUUGUUGCCAAUUGGCAGAAGGGAGGCAAUGCUUGUGAACACUUUCACUGGCAUUGUUCUUACCCAGAAAUCUCUGAGCAUCACAGUGUACUUUUAGUGUGAAUCGAGUGCACAGGUGUUGAGAGUCUGUUGGAUCUGACUGUUUAAUUUUAAUUCUUAUUUUCUUUACAGUUUAACAAUUAACUGCUUGUAUUUUAAGUAGUGUUUAUAUACACAACUGUGUACUAUACAAGUAUAAUUCUGGAGCUUUUUUGUCACUUUAUUAAGUGCCUAAGUGUAUACUGAUAGGUUGAUUUUUACUGCAAUAUUCACCAAGUACUUUCUAAUUGGAUGAUUGUUAUCUAUAGUUUUUUUUUCUUCUUUUUGAGUAUAAAAGUAGCUGUUUUAUGAUAGGUGCUAUAUCCUUAAUUUCUCUCUUCAAGUAGUAGACCUUGUUACUGCUCCUUUCCUGUUCUAUCAACUUUUAAUAAAACUAUCCUGAAGCAACAAGUUUUAUGCUUCAUUACUGAUUUCUAAAAAAAAGCCUUGAUUUCAACACCAAAGUUGUGUUAAUUGGCAUGGUUGGCAAGAUUUAGAAACAUAGAAAAUAAGUGCAGGAGUAGGCCAUUCGGCCCUUCGAGCCUGCACUGCCAUUCAGUAUGAUCAUAGCUGAUCAUCCAACUCAGAACCCUGUACCUGCUUUCUCUCCAUACCCCCGAUCCCUUUAGCCACAAGGGCCAUAUCUAACUUCCUCUUAAAUAUAGUCAAUGAACCAGCCUCAACUGUUUCCUGUGGCAGAGAAUUCCACAGAUUCACCACUCUCUAUAUGAAGAAGUUUUUUCUCAUCUCGGUCCUAAAAGGCUUCCACUUUAUCCUUAAACUGUGAUGCCUCGUUCUGGACUUCCCCAACAUCGGAAACAAUCUUCCUGCAUCUAGCCUGUCCAAUCCCUUCAGAAUUUUAUACAUUUCAAUAAGAUCCCCCCUCAAUCUUGUAAAUUCUAGUGAGUAUAAGCCUAGUGGAUCCAGUCUUUCUUCAUAUGAAAGUCCUGCCAUCUCGGAACAAUCCCAGACAAAUAGAGAAUUUUUACUGUCAACAAAAGGAGUAAGAACAUUCUUUUAUCUUCCAAAUUGUCUGAGAAAGUAAGAACUAGUUUCUUUGGCAUUCGGUCAGAAUUAGGUUUAAUAUCAUUGACAUAUGUUGUGAAAUUUGUUAACUUAGCAGCAGCAGCACAAUGCAAUACGUGAUAAAUCUAGAAAAACACUGAAUUACAGUCAGUUUAUAUUUUAAUAGUUAAAUAAGUAGUACAAAAGCAGAAAUAAAAAAGUAGUCAGGUAGUGUUCAUGGGUUCAAUGCCCAUUGGGAAAUCAGAUGGCAGAGGGGAAGGAGCUUUUCCUGAAUAAUUGAGUGUGUGCCUUCAGGCUUCUGUACCUCCUUCCUCAUGGUAACAAUGAGAAGAGGCCAUGCCCUGGGUGGUGGAAUUGUUAAUAAGAGAUCCCUCCUUUUUGAGGCACCUCUCUUUGAAGAUGUCUUGGAUACUACAGAGGCUACUGUCCGUGGUGCAGCUGUCUAAUUUUACAACUCUCUGCAGCUUACUUUGUUCCUGUGCACUAGCCCCCAUGCCAUACCAGACUGUGAUGCAACCAGUUAGAAUGUUCUCCACAGUACAUCUAGAAAUUUGUGAGUGUUUUAGUGACAUACCAAAUCUUGUCAGGCUCAUAAUAAAAUACAAUCACUGUUUUGCCUUCUUUAUAGCCGCAUUGAUUGUCACAGGAGGUUGUGGGGCCAAGUGUUUGGGUAUACAGGUGUUUAAGGCAAAGGUUGAUAGGAUUCUGGUCAGUCAGGGCGUGAGGGUUACAGGGAGAUCAGCCAUAAUGAAAUGGUGGAACAAACUCCAUGGGUCAAAUGGCCUAAUUAUGCUCCUAUAUGGUCUUAUGGUUCUAGUUCUGGCUUUUAAGUCAUAAAAUGGAAAUCGGGAUUGAGGACUGCCGCAUUGUUGUUUAAAAAACAUCUGUAAAAAAAGAAACAAAUUCUGGUAGAGCCAUGUGCAAACAGGUAAAACAUUAAUUAAAGACGCAAGCUAAUAGAGACUUAAA